AAAGGAAAUUCACCUGCCCCUCUCUCGUGUCUCUCGCUCGCUGCUCUCAGUCUCACCUCGUCUCUGCAAUCAAAAAUGAGUCGAGGGAGUGCACCAGGCCCCAAGGGGAAGAAGAAGGGAGUGACAUUUACCAUUGACUGUGCGAAGCCAGUGGAGGACAAGAUUAUGGACAUUGCAUCUCUGGAGAAGUUCCUCCAGGACAGAAUCAAGGUCGGAGGCAAGGCUGGUGCUCUUGGUGACAUUGUAGCCGUCACCCGCGAGAAGAACAAGAUCAUUGUUACUUCUGAUAGUAACUUCUCUAAGAGGUAUCUGAAGUACCUGACCAAAAAGUACCUGAAGAAACACAAUGUGCGUGAUUGGCUCCGUGUGAUAGCUUCCAACAAAGAUAGAAAUGUCUAUGAACUUAGGUACUUCAACAUUGCCGAGAACGAAGGAGAGGAAGAAGACUGAUAAGUUUCAAUCAGCUUAGUUUUUAAGAACCUCAUUGUAAUGAUCUGUGUUCUUUUUACUUAUAAAAAAAAAAAAAAACCUCAUUUUACCUUUAUCUUGUUUUCUGUUGUCUUUGUGAUGCUGCUUCUUGUUUAAACUGAUGCGGUUUUAACAAUUUUGUUGCUUAAAUUAGAGAUCUUGAUUAUUCCCACUGUUGGAUUGGUAAUAUUGAAAGUUUUUAUUCGUGGGUGAAUCCAAAUUUCUUUAAUA